GAGCCCCCCCCCCCACACUCUUCUCCCUCUUUCACUCUCUCUCACCCUGUCUAACUCCCUCCAUCUCUCUUCAUACUCUCUCCUUUACACACACACAGUGUUGUCAACAAAGCUGGAGAACAAGGGACGUGGGGGGAACAGGGGAAUAAAGGUCCACAGAGGAGGAGAGGAACACGCAGGACCUCCGCAUCGUUUCACCUGGACGCUGGGAGGAAGGACUGAGGGAGCGGGAGAGGAGUCAAGGUGACAGUAAACAGGGGGCGAGCGCACACGCAGGACGGGACUCCUUUACUUCCCUUCAUGGUGGUUCGGACGCUCAUAGUAUGUAUGAGAAGUUAACCAUGCUGAACCUGCAGAGCGGCUCAAACUGGAGCGGGCCUAACAACUGGUACCAUGACCCCACCGGCGUUCAGACGCAACACAGCACAGUGUCUGAGGGCUGUCUGCUGGACACGGAGGGCAGCAUGGGGGGAGAGGCAGGGGGAGGAGGAGCGGGCCGAGGGGGAGGAGUUCCCGUGGAGAGGGACGAGGGCGAGGAGUCUCAGCUGAGGCUGCAGCUCAAGAGGAAGCUGCAGAGGAACAGGACCAGCUUCACCCAGGAGCAGAUCGAGGCUCUGGAGAAAGAGUUCGAAAGGACACAUUACCCAGAUGUUUUUGCGAGGGAGAGAUUGGCGAACAAGAUCGAUUUACCCGAGGCCAGGAUACAGGUGUGGUUUUCAAAUCGAAGAGCCAAGUGGAGGAGGGAGGAGAAGCUGCGGAAUCAAAGGAGGUCGGGUGGUGUGACUUCUUGCUCACAGAGCCAGGCCCCCCUGAGCACGUCCUUCAACACGUCCGUCUACCAUCAGCAGCACGGCAGCACUUCAGGGUCCAUGUUGAGUCAGGCUGAGUCGUCUCUGCCCAGCUACAGCUCGCUGUCAGUUUUCUCAUCUGGAGUCCAGUCUAUUCCUCCCCAGUCGGCCUCCUCCUACUCCUGCAUGUUACCUCCAUCCCCUUCUGCACCCCGCAGCUUUGACUCAUCGGCGUACUCCUCCCCUCAUUUGCAGACUCCGCCCUCAGCCAACGGCAACACAGGGCUCAUAUCGCCCGGAGUGUCAGUGCCGGUCCAGGUUCCAGGAACUGAGCCGCAGAGCAUGAGUCAGAACCUGGGUCAAUACUGGGCCAGAUUACAGUGAACAACAGACAAUCGAUGCCAUGACAAAAGAAGUCGGAGUCAAAAAAAACAACAAAAAAAAACAUAGUGUCAAGAGAUCAAUAUUGGGACCCAGGUUUUAAGAAAGCACAGGGCAAAGAUAUAGAGGGGCCUCGUUGUGUUUACGGGACCCCGAAAUGCUUUAAAUGUUUACAAAUACAGCCGAGAGCAGCUUUGGUUGCACUUAACAGCACUCUGGUCAUACUGGUACUGUCUUAGUAUUAUUAGGUUGCACUGUUUACUUUUGGAUAGCACGUUAAUCAUAGAGCUGAGGUCACGAUUAGGAUCAAUUUGAGGUGUGUUUGGGAUGAAAACAGAGGCAGGAUUAGUGGGAGGCUGAAGUCAGGAUUUAGUGCCUGUGAGGAUGCAUGAAGGUGGAGUUAGUCUCAGUUCACAAACUAAACAAAAAUAAGGAAAAACAAUGCCACCUAAACCUCAGUGCACCAUGACACGUGUCUCUAAAAAUCAAAGAAAUUAAGUAACUGCUUUGAUCAUUUUCAUAGACAAACUUUAUUUAUAAAAAGAGAAAGAGAGAGAAAGAAAGUUAAACCCCUGGCUUUAAGUUUACUUUAAGUGGUUACGAAUGCGAUUCAUCCACACGCGAACGCUUCAAUAGGUGACUCAUCAGUUCUAAGUAAAUGCCAGCAGAUGUCAGGUGUACUGUGAAGUGUAACCACAGGUUCUUGUUACUUGAGCAGCUCAGUGAUAUUGUGAUAGCAAGGUGAGCCUAAGCUGCGCGAGGUGGAGAUUUAAAUCUCGCUUAUGGCAAUCACUUGUACUAAAACUUAAAAACCUACUGUAAAAAAAAAACAACAACAACAAAUGAAUAAAAAAAAAAGUGUCACUCCUGCCUAUCCUGCCAGCAACAUUACACCGAGACCGCAUAUUUUUGUACAGACAUCCGUGUACGUCAGUGACUACCGUGGGAAUAUUGUCAGAUGCUAAUAGAGGGAAGAAUGUAGCACGUUGUGAACUCAAAUCAUCCUUGAAGCACAAGUAAAUUAAUAGGAAUGCGAAACACCAAUCAUAUAGGUAACAGGCAUUUUAAUAGGAUUUACAAGAUUUUUUUUUUUUGAAAACAAAUACAGAAAAUAUUCAAUUUUCACUUUGUUUUACGGAAAAGUGAAGUGGACCUAUUUUUUGCAAGUGAAAAAACAACUAAAGCCAUUCCAUACCAAAAUUAGCAGUGAUUAAUAUACUUCGAUUAGCAGGGUAUUUUUGUACGUCACUAAUGGCACAUAUCUAUCAGCCGAAGACAAUCAAGCGUCAUUACACACCAAACAAGGCAGCCACUUUAAGAGACCGACAAUCAAAGCAGGCGAUGGAGGGGAUGGAUAAGCUGCGAAGCGACUGCAGCGCUGUCCAUACGGCAGCGACGACUUUAACUAUUGUGCAUGACGAAAAACAGGCCGCUCCAGACAAUCUCGCAGAAGUGAACCGAGCAUUGUACAAAAAGCCGUUGCUGUUCUCUGCAGGGAGUUCCAAGCCUCUGCUCGCUUUCCUCCGUCAGUUUUGUUGAUGCAUCUCAUACGAAAUGUCUCUCAGCUCUUAUUUAUUUGUCUUUUCACUCGUUCACACAAUGAGUCCUUUGUGUUGUUUUUGUUGUUGUCGUGCGUUGUGUUAGUACUGUAUAGCUACCAAGAGUCAACCCUUUUGUGAAGGCCUUGGAUCCCUUUAAUGAAAAUAAAGCCGUGUGUAAUGAAUAUGAA